AUGAGAGAUGAAGCAGAGGACGACGAUUGGGAGUUUCUGGAUGACGAGAAUAUCGAAACUACUCAUGGUAGUGGUGGUGGUGGUGGUGGUGGUGGUGGUGGUAGUGCAGUAAAAACUAUAGAUGAUUUAGUGUACAAAGUGAGUAUACCUACGCAUCAUGAAAUGGAUUUCCACAAUCUCAAAACUUAUAUAUACCCUACCAACUUUGAGAUUCGGGACUACCAGUACGAUAUUGUGAGAUCGGCCUUUUAUCAUAAUUUAUUGGUUGCACUUCCCACGGGUUUAGGUAAGACAUUUAUAGCGUCCACUGUUAUGCUAAACUUUCUACGAUGGUUUCCUAAAGCCAAAAUAAUAUUCGUGGCGCCAACUAAGCCGUUGGUUGCGCAACAAAUUAAAGCCUGUUGUUCGAUAACUGGGAUCUCAAGUUCUAAGGUGGCCAUUUUGUUAGACAAGACAAGAAAGAAUAGGUGGGAGAUUUGGGACUCUCAGCAGGUAUUUUUCACAACACCACAAGUUGUGGAAAAUGAUUUAGCGUCAGGAAUAGUGCAUCCAAAAUCAGUGGCAUUGCUUGUUAUUGAUGAAGCCCACAGAGCUAGGGGUAACUAUUCAUACAAUAAUGUUGUCAAGUUUCUCAAGCGGUUCAAUGACUCAUUUAGAGUACUAGCCUUAACAGCAACACCAGCAGCAGAUGUAGAUGGUGUUCAGGAAGUGAUUGACAAUUUACAAAUUUCCAAAGUAGAGGUGCGUACAGAGCAAAGCCCCGAUAUCAUAAAGUAUAUGAAGAAAAAAAAUGUUAGCAGACGUGUUUUGGAUACCUCGUUGGAGAUUAAGGAAUGUGUUGAACUUUUGUCCGCUGCAAUUACUCCUGUUCUUAGGUCAGCUAAUGAAAAGGGGUUGAUAGACGUAACUGACCCGUCAAGAAUUAAUGCGUUUAAAUGUAUGGAAGCUUCACGAAGGCUUAUAUCGAACAAUUCCAUUCCUGAGGGUUUAAAAUGGGCCAACUAUUUCAUAUUACAGCUUUUGGGAACCGUGGGGCAGUGUUAUAGACGGUUGAAUAUUUAUGGAGUUAAUUCGUUUUACAGUUAUUUUAAUGAAAAGUAUAAAGAGUUUACAACGAAAUGGAACAAGAAAAAGUCCAAGAAUAAAUUGAACGCCGAUUUUUACUUUAGCCAACCUAUCAAACAAUUGAUGGCGAAGCAGGAAAGUGUAUUGUCCAGUCAAACUUUCAGUCAUCCCAAGAUUGAAGCUUUGAUGGAGGAGCUAGAUGAUUUUUUUCAAGAUGAAUACAAGACAGACUCAAGAGUGAUUAUUUUUACAGAAUUUAGAGAGUCGGCAUUGGAAAUAGUCAAGACACUUGAAAAAGCCGACGCACGAUAUAAACCACAUAUUUUCAUUGGACAAGCAAGGGAAAAGGAGAAAUUUGAUGAAGAGAAUUUUGGCAAGAAGACAAAGACGAAGAAAGGCACAGUAGAUAAGAACAACAAAAAGAAGGACAAGAAUAAGAGUGGAUUGGAGAUUGAAAGGGACUCAACAAGAAGUAGUUCAGAGAGUGCUCAAAUUAGUGGUAUGAAUCAAAAAUUGCAAAAAGAAGUUAUAAAACAGUUUAAAAAUGGUGAUUAUAAUGUGCUAGUAGCUACUUCAAUUGGUGAAGAAGGUUUAGAUAUAGGAGAAGUUGAUUUGAUUGUAUGUUAUGACUCAACAGCAUCACCAAUCAAAAACAUUCAACGUAUGGGUAGAACCGGUCGUAAACGUGACGGUAAGGUUCUUUUAUUGUUUUCGAGCAAUGAAGAAGCAAAGUUUGAUAGGGCAAUGGCCGGUUACGAAUAUAUCCAAAACCACAUCAUGAAGGGUGAUUUGAUUAAACUUUGUCAGCAGAACCGAAUAAUACCUGACAAGUUUACACCUAUAGUUGUGAAAACUUUUAUAGAGAUACCAGAGGAGAAUAUGAUUAUUAAACAAGAAGAAGACGAGGAUGAGAUCAUUCGUAUAGCGACACAAUGCAUGUUGAAGAAGAGCCCUGAAAAAAAGCGUCGAUAUGUGAAGAAAGAGAAACGACCAAAGCAAUUUUUUAUGGCUGAUAAUGUUGAAACUGGGUUUCAAACCGUUACAAGUAUGUUGAAAAAGAGUGAAGGUAUAAAAAGAGCCGAGAGACCAAGCAAGAGAGCUUUAUUGGAUAGUGUAAUUGAUUCCAGUGGUGAUGAGGUGGCAAUGUUUAGAGUCCAAGAUAAAAAUCAACAACAGCAACAGCAACAACAGCAACAACAGCAACAGCAACAACAAGAACAGGAUAGUAUUGAGGAGUCUCCAAGUGAAGACGAGAGGGUAAACAAAGCUGACCAUUUCACACCCGCUACUUCCAUUCUUGACAGCAAUGAUGUCAUACCUGCAUGCUCUACAUUUGGAGAGAUUCUGAAUCAAUCACGAGUUCAUAUCGACCUUUCAGAUGAUUUUUCGUUUAGCGAAGAGGAAGAUGAGCCUGCUCUUAAGGGGAGAAUAAAUGAACCUCCUGAUCAUGCAGGGGCUAAUGAAACGAGAGCGGGACAAUCUCACAGAAAAUCACCAAGAAAGAGAAACCUUAUUCAGGAAGAUGAAUUGAGUGAUGAGAAUGGGCAGGGUAAAUCAUUACUGCCAUUACCACCGCUAUCUUCAUCAUCACCUUCGCGGCCGAAAAAGAAAUCGUUAGGUGUAAAACGACUCCGAGCUCAGACGGCGAACGUCCAGCCUCCAAGAGAGAAAAAAACAAAAAUAUUUAUUGACGAUGACGUUUCAUUUAAACCAAAUACAAAAGGGGGGGUACCUUCCAGUUUUGACGAUUCAUUCGAUGAUGAUGAUGAUUUAGAUGAGGUUAUAGCCCAUUACAGGUCUUUAAAACGAGCAUAA